GAGGAAACCCGAACAAUGACGCACGCGAUGGAAGACGAGUCGUGGGACAUCGUGCGGGACCUCCACUUCUUGAUCGCAUCGGACGACCAGCUCCAAGAUGAUCUCGCUCAUGUGUGUGACCUCCUAACGGGUGUAGAUGGAGAUGAUGGUGGGCCUUCUGUCGAUGUUGCCGACAAGACCACAUCUGAAGAAAGCGAUGCGUCGUCAACUCCAACCAAACACCACCCGCCAACGCCACCGCUCGUGUUGGGGAAACGACAGACGAAGCGCAAGGUCGGCACUGCCGUCCGCUUUGAAACGCGUCAAAAGGACGAAAUCCUGAGCUUGCAGGCGCAAGUGAAGGAGCUAAAGGCGCAAUUGGCGCAGCGGCAAUCCAAGGACAGCCUCGUUUUCAUGUCGACAGGUGUGUCGGCGUGGGAAAAGGCCGCCCGACGCGAGCUUGCCGAAAAGAACAAGUCUCUGCGCGAGAACGAACAGCUUCGAAGCGCCGUGACGGAGCAGGCCACGUUCAUCGAGCACAUGCAGACUAUCUUUGCCAAGAAGCCACGGCUGUCGACCAUGGACAACGAGAUCUCGUUGAAUACGUGGCAAGAGUACAAGCUCGCCGCGCAAGCAUCGUUGCGAGAGGCGGCAAUCCACGCGAUCGCUGAUCGUCAGUUUGCGCGCCAACAGAACGCGUUCAUCGUGGCGGGGCUGUUUGAGCGUGCGGACGUGCUGUUCCAAGCAGGGCCAAGGACGCUUCCCGACGGCAGCAACGUGCUCGAGUUUAUCUAUCACUUGACGUUGCCGGCGCCGUACGACGUGGUCGGUCAUGCCUGCUGGCAAGUGUACAACGGCGAGCGGCCGCCGACGAUGGCGGACGGCGCGAAACGGGCGCUUGAAAUACUGGACAAACGGACGGUCUACAUGAAGUACACAGAGCAGCUCGGUUCGACGACAGAAACGAGCCAUGUCAACGUCAUCCACAAGCAGUAUAUCGAGCCAGACCGGCAUGUCAUCGUGUGGCGCGCCGUGCUCGAAGACGCCCUGAUGCCGACCAUGGCGACCGGCAACGUCCAGAACGAAUGGGGGUGGAUAGUGAUCUCGCCGGUGCCGGAAGACCUGGCGCAGUGCCGCUUGACCCUGCUGGGCCAAGUCCCCCAGAAAUUGUGCGGUCCGGACAUGAUUUGCCCGUACGGUGGCGACAAACUCGAGGAAAACAUCACGGCGUUUGUGGACAAAUUGUCCAUUGGGGAAUCGGUGGUGCGCCCACCGCCGCCGCCGAAAGAUGUCGAGGGAGAUGCCGGUGUGCAGUUUAUGAAUCGAGGCAAGCGGCUGGAACUGGCGCUGCAGCUAUCGAUCAACGACGCAGUCGUCGCAUAUCGUGCCAAACAAGCAGCCCAGAGUUGAAGGAACCUAAUUCGAUGUGUAUGCGCGCCGUCGGGUCUGGCAUUCACAAUGAUUCAAAGCACACGACUACACUACAACGUGUGGUUUGCACACCACGGUUCAACCGGAGCACUGGGAUCGAUACAAGCACGUGGCGCAUGAAGAACGAGGCACUGCGAUGCACCCUUGUGCUCCGCGACCAUGCCUUGAAGCUGCGUCGACACACCACUUGCAGGACGAGCGGUCGCCACAAAGCAUGUUUCCCCGUACGAGGAGCUUCGGACCUCGAUUCAUGUCUCUGCUUGCCGAGGCGCGUUGAACCAAGCCAAGGCAUCUCGGAUAGAAUCCUUGAGGGCAAUUUCGAAUCGCUUGGCUUUGUAAAAGAACGCGCCUCUGCU